UAAUUUCAUUAUUGAAUGUCUUUAAUUAUUUAUGUUGUUACUAAAAAUAAUUUUGUUGUUAUUGUGUUUCAGAAAGAAAACUUCCGAUUGGAAUUGGCACAUUCGAUAAAAGAGUUCAUUGAAGCUGUUCAACAAGGCAGACCUUUGUUGUAUCAUGUUUACUUUCCCUCGGACGUAGAUUUUCCGAUAUUAUCCGCGCUAUGGUUCAACAAUCAACAAUAUUGUCUCGACCCCAAAUCAUCAAGCGGAAAUAUCACAGCAAAUCUCGAGUUGGGGCAUAUUGUGUACCCGCCGAACAAACAACCAAUGUCGCAGAAUUUUCAGUCGUGGUAUCGAAAUUCGAGUAACUACCGUAUAGACAAUCCAAUUUAUAAGAGCUACGCCGAAUGCGGUAUUACCAGCUAUUACACCGAUACCACAAAUAGACUGAUCCCCAACGGCGAGGACUCGUUACCAGGCCAGUGGCCGUGGGUGGUUGCAGUCUACCAGAUUAAGAAACAAAAGUCGAAUACAACACACGAAUUUAAAUGUGGCGGUUCUAUUUUGACUACCAGGCAGAUAUUAACAGUGGCGGAUUGUGUGAUGUUUGCCCUUGAUCAGAACGAUACCGUACCACCCAACAUGUUAGCGGUAGUUGUGGGGCGAUUUAAUUUACAAUUAGUUCAAUUAAACAGAGAUGUGAUUCCGAGAGUCAAGAGUUACAUGAUUCACCCCGAUUAUAUGCACGAUCGUUUCACCAGCGACUCCAAUCUAGCGAUUUUGACUCUCUGGACGCCCGUCGAGUUCAAUCCUUUUAUCAGGCCUAUUUGCCUAUGGUCCGGUUCACCCAAUCUCGACACCGUCGUUAAUAGAACAGGGUAUGUCGUAGGAUGGGGCAAAGAAAAAUUUGGUAAUAUCGAAGAACAGCGAGUAAAAUGGGCUACAAUAGUGAGUCAGGAGACUUGCCUCCGGAGCAAUCAAAGAUUCGUUAGCCUCACCUCGAAUCGCACCUUUUGCGCCAGUUCGGUAAACGAAAUCGGUCCCUGUGUCGGUGACAGCGGGAACGGGUUGGUGCUUCUGAACAAUAUCACGGGCCGUUACGAGUUGCGUGGCAUUCUCUCGGGGUCUUUACCUAAUGAUGAGUCCCAUUUUCACUGCUAUUCACGGGAUUACGCUAUUUAUGUUGAUGUGGCCAAAUACAUACCAUGGAUUCAACAACAGAUUUCGACGUAACGCUGGUUUAUCGCGACAAAAUGCAAUACCUACGUGCUAGUUGAUAAAAUUCUUUAUGUAAAGUUUAUCUGAAACCGCAGCAUUUAUAUACAACUAUACGUGAGAAUUAAACAGUUACGAAUUUUACUUUUAAUUGUUUAUAGCGAUUUCUCUUGUUGUAAUGUGUCUUUGAUCUGGACACGAAAAUAGAGUACAUUAGAGAUAUACACGCAACUAUCUGUCAUUGUGGACUUAUUAAUAAAGUUAUAAUGAAGAACAAAUUAUAACACUCUCGCAAUACUCUUACUAAUAAAUACAUUCAAUAUUUUUUUUAAAGUCGCAAGAAAUAUUGUACAUGUAGUAAUAUUCUUUUUUUUAAUACACGCGAUUCGUUACUUAUUUUAAGUUUUAUAGUACGUUGUAAUAAGACGAGGAGAACGGAGAGAAAGAAGAAGUCUCAGUCUAUUAAGAUCGCUUUCUCAUAGGAUCAUGGUUUAAUGUCUAUGUUCGCAAUUAUGUUGUUUCCGGUCACGAAAUGAAAUCGUACUAUUAACAAUAUACACGUAUAUGUAUGCUAAAGAAAUUAUGGAACUUUAGUCGUUAUCAUUGCUAUUUACAAUGCAUGGGCUCUAUCUUAUAAGUUUUCUAAGAGAGUUUCACAACUUUUCUAAGAGAGUUUCACAACUUUACGAAUUGUUAGAACAAAACAUUUGAUUCAAAAGUAAACCUAAUGAAACAACAGAAGUUUGCGUAAGAUUUAGCGAGUAUUGAAAAAUAUAGAUAUAGUGAAUACUAUAUGCAUGUAAUCAACACGCUAAUAAUCCUUCCGAAAAACUAAAGACUACAAUAUAUCAAGUAAACUUGGUGUACAAGUAGAAGUGUGAAAAUAAAUCAGCUUCAUUUGUAAUUCCUUUUCGGCUCUUACGUUUGCUCUUGACGAAUCAGAACGCGCUCGGCCAGUGCUACAAAUAUUUCAAAAUUAUUGUACUCUAGCUUAUAUAGUACUUCUUAUUAUUCACUUCCAAUAUAGACGGUAUUUUCUAAUUACAUUGUUGGCGAGCUAGUUGUCUCAUCGAACGUGCGCCCGCCAAUUCUCCGGUAUUUUUUCUGUUAAAUCACCCGAAAGGAAAAGAUGAUUCAUUUUUCAUUAGUACUUUAUUAAAGUAAAAAAUGUUCCAGAAACGCUUAUCCUUUCUUCUCUUCAUUGUAUAUUCUCAUAUAAGAUAAUUUGUUAUGAACUAAAUGACAUAAAUCAGCUUAUCAUCACUUGACUGUCGAUACCCCUACUACUGCAUCAUUCGAACGCGUCUUCAUGAAAUUUAUAAAUGUGGUUCAAAGUGUUUUGGUAGAGAACUGGUUAGUCUUAUGAAGUUACAGUGAAGGUGUGUAAUGUCGGUCCAAGAAUUAGCAUUCUGAAUAUCUAGAAUCAACGCCGGAGUCUUGAAUUUCGCUUUGAACCAUUAAUAAGUACUUUAUAAUAUUUCACAAAGGUGUCUGAAAAAAGUGUAUAAAUUACAAUACGGUGAAAAUGCUAAAAGUGAGCGGCUUUGUCCCUUUCUAAGAGGACAGCUAGAAAGAGACAAAGCUACUCGCUCUUAGCAUUUUCAGCGUAGUGUAAGAUACAGAAUUGACCCCCAGGUGACUAUUCGCCAUAUGGAAUAGUACUCUUUUUAAAUGUAACAGACUGGAAAAAUAACAAGCGUUUGUUAUAGUGAUUUCUUCCAAACACGUGAGUUCUAGUGUGCGAUUCGCAAAAUUUAUCGAGAUUUAAAUAAAUUAUCUGCUUAUCGUC